AUUCUUUUUAAAUAAUUUAUAUCACGUUUAGAGACUGAUAUAAAAUAUAUAGAAUAUCGUAAUUUUCAGGAAACUACGAGUGAGGCAAAAUAAUAUUGACAAAUAAACUCUAAAAGAAUUAUAUAAUUUAGCAGUGGCGAUAUUAAAUUUGUUAAAAAUGUUUGGCAUCUCCAGAGUCCUGAGUAAACUUAAGGGCCAUCUACAAUGGAGAGUAGUAGGCCGUAGCAGUAGUCGUAGAAAAUAUUUUCAUUUCGUACUGUCUUACUGCUUAUGGCCUACAGGAGACAUUGAGCCAAUUCGGUGCGUGUUUACGAUGAGCGUUCGGACGUUCUGGAUUAGUUUUUGGUUGCCUCUCUAUGAUAAUUGGCUUGUAUGUUACUGCUACGUUGUCUGUAUUGUAAUUGCCGUAGAUUUAGCGCUGUUACGACUAAAACAUUCCAUUGUAGAUGGCCCUUUAUGGCUUUAUACAGACUUAUAUCCCAUAUUACCCGAAAGCAGGAGUACGGACUUCCGCUGCUUCCGGUCUCAGUCGUUCCAGGUCUUUCAAAGCCUUCUCGCAAUAAAUAAAUAGAAAUUUUCAGUACUGGCAGUGAAUAUCGGAACGCAGCCAACGACUAUGAUUUUGUGGUGCUCUUCCGUACCGUAAUGACUAGGAAUGAGCGAGUGAGUGUGACUAUAAGAGAAUCGAGAGAGAGAGAAGAGAAGAGUCGAAUCUAUAAGCACUUAUGAAUCAUGUGUAAAUUGGGAUUUAUAAAGAACGUUUUGGAGACGGUGGCAAACGGUAAGGGUUUUGGUCGAUGUAUGAAAAAUGUGAGAUUGCUAUCAGCUGGUGAUGGAAAAUGCAAGGCACAAUUUACUGUAACUGAAGAGCAUUUAAAUCAUGGUGGCUUCUUACAUGGGGGUUUUACUUCUACUAUUAUAGAUUGUGUAUCUACUUAUGCGUUAAUGACUUACAAGACUGAUCCUCCUCCUGGUGCUUCUGUAGACCUACAUGUGACGUUUUUGAAAGCUGCAUUUCCUGGCGAAACAGUGACAGUUGAUGCUAAAACUAUACGUGCUGGGAAGAAAUUGGCUUUUCUUAUGGUGGAACUCACAAAGAAUGAUGAUGGAGAUAAAGUCAAGUUUCCCAUAUCUAAAUAGAACAAGGUUAAUUGCAAUCUUCCUGUAUGUAACACGCUUUGAUGGAAAUCGUUGAAUACAUUGAACAAAUUGCCUUGUUUGACAGAUAUACCUAUAGUGUUUUUCGAAGGUCGAUAAGAAAACAAGGUUGCGGUGAUAUUUAUAUGUGUCAAAUUAUGUAUUGCACUUAUUAUAUUAUUACUCUUAAUUGAAAUAUUUUACUUAUUAUUUAAUAUAUAAGCGGAGAAGAAUCUCAUUCGAUCGUAAGACCACAGUAAUUUAAAAUGCGCCAUUGCUGCUCGAUGUCAUGGGUUUAUAGCCGGAGCGCGGCUACAGAAAUAGCCCGUGACUCAAUAUUUGGGCAGUGUCAAUUUGCUGUAGUACGCUUUCAUAACAGAGCCGUCCUUUAGAUCAGUAUGGUGGGGUACCAGCAACAGAAAAUUUGCGGAUUUAUUUUCGACACUAACUCAUGGUGCUAAAUCGCAACUAUGCGCGCGCACGCGAUUGAACAAUAAAGAUAUAACAAUCACAUUAAACAUGAUAAUUGAAAUAUUUGUAAUUAAAUAUUACAUUUUUUACGUUAGAAUAUGGAUUAGUUUGUAAUAUUAUAUAAAAAUAUUUCUUUUCAAAAUUAGAAAAAAGGGAAACUAAAGAAAAAAAGUCUUUCUAUAUACAAGCAACUAAUUUCUAUUUCAAUGUUUAAUAAUAAUAAAUAAUAAUAAAAAAUAAUUAAAUUACAAUAUAAUCACUGUUUUUUAUAGCCAACAAAACAAUUGCAUAAUGAUUAUUCCAAAGAUUCUUUUUUAAUAAAUUCUAAGAAAUAUUUUUUUCAAAUUUUUAGUUCGUAAAAAAUAGUUUAUAUAAAUAUAAACCAAUUAUUCGAAAAUAUAAUAGACAAUGCAAACCAAUUUUUUGUGUAUCUUUCUGUCUUUAAUUUCUGUGAAAGUUAUAAAAAUUAAAUAAGAUUUGGAUGGUUUUUUCUCAAAAAGCGUAAACAUAAAUAAAAUAUUAUUCGAGAAUAGAGUAUAUUUUGUUAAUUUAAACUAAUCUAUGUAUCUAUGAUUAAUGUCAGUAGUGUUAAUAUUAUAUUAAGAUAAAAGUGUAGACAGAUUUGAAUAAAAAUUUAUUGAAUUCUUC